AUGCAGCCAGAUACCCUGGCCCUCGGCUGGGCCAUAGCUGCCAUCCUGGUGCUGCAGGCGCUGGCCACGGCCAAGUGCCCCUCACGGACCCUGCACAGCCAGGCCGGAGUGUUCGAGGACCUGAGCGCCCAGGAACUGAAGGCCGUGCGCAACUUCCUCUGGUCGCAGGAGGAGCUGAAGCUGGAGUCCUCCCGAGCACCCACCAUGGCCAAAAACUCCGUGUUCCUCAUUGAGAUGUUGCUGCCCAAGAAGCAACACGUACUGAAAUUUCUGGACAAAGGUGGAAGGCCUCCCGCCCGCGAGGCCCGAGCCGUCAUCUUCUUCGGAGCCCAGGCGCAUCCCAAUGUCACGGAGUUCGCGGUGGGGCCCCUGCCGCGGCCCUGCUACAUGCGAGAGCUGCCUCCCAAGCCGGGGCAUCACACAACCUGGGCCUCCAGGCCCAUCACCGGGGCCGAGUACGCCCUCCUGGCCCAGGCCCUGCAGGAGGCCACCAAGCCCCUGCACCGAUUUUUUCUUGAUACCACAGGCUUCUCUUUCCAAGACUGUCACUCGCGAUGCCUGACAUUCACAGACGUGGCGCCUCGGGGCGUGGCCUCCGGCCAGCGCCGCUCUUGGUUCAUCUUGCAGCGCUUUGUAGAAGGCUACUUCCUGCACCCCACGGGGCUGGAGCUCCUCAUGGAUCACGGCAGCACCAACGCCCAAGACUGGACGGUGGAGCUGGUCUGGUACAACGGGAAGUUCUACCAGAGCCCAGAAGAGCUGGCACGGAAGUAUGAGGAGGGACAGGUGGACGUGGUGGUUCUGGAGGACCUACCCGCCAAGGGCCAGGGCGGGGAAGGCACAGAGGAAACACCCCUCUUCUCCUCCUACAAGCCGCGCGGGGCCUUCCCCACCCCCAUCCCCGCAAACGGCCCCCGCCUGGUCCAGCCCCGUCACCGCUACAGACUGGAGGGCAACACCGUGCUCUACGGCGGCUGGAGCGUCUCCUUCAGGCUGCGCUCGUCCUCGGGGCUGCAGAUCCUCAACGUGCUGUUCGGCUGCGAGCGCAUAGCCUACGAAGUGAGCGUGCAGGAGGCGGUGGCACUGUAUGGAGGGCACACGCCCGCGGGCAUGCAGACCAACUACAUCGACGUGGGCUGGGGGCUGGGCAGCGUCACGCACGAGUUAGCGCCCGGCAUCGACUGCCCGGACACAGCCACCUUCCUGGAUGCCCUCCACCACUACGAUGCCGAUGGCCCCGUGCGCUACCCCCGAGCCCUCUGCAUCUUUGAGCUGCCCACGGGAGUGCCCCUUCGGCGACACUUUAAUUCCAACUUCAGUGGGGGCUUCAACUUCUACGCGGGGCUGCAAGGCCAGGUGCUGGUGCUACGGACCACGUCGACGGUCUACAACUAUGACUAUAUCUGGGACUUCAUCUUCUACCCCAAUGGGGUGAUGGAAGCCAAGAUGCAUGCCACCGGCUACGUCCACGCCACCUUCUACACCCCCGAGGGGCUGCGCUACGGGACCCGCCUGCACACGCACCUGCUUGGCAACAUGCACACUCACUUAGUGCACUACCGCGUGGACCUGGACGUGGCAGGCACCAAGAAUAGCUUCCAGACCCUGCAGAUGAAGCUAGAAAACAUCACCAACCCCUGGAGCCCAAGACACCACCUGGUCCAGCCAACCCUGAAGCAGACAAGUUACCACCGGGAGCGCCAGGCGGCCUUCCGCUUCGGACGACUUCUGCCCAAGUACCUGCUCUUCACGAGUCCCGAGGAGAACCGCUGGGGUCAUAAGCGCAGCUACCGGCUACAGAUCCACUCCAUGGCCGACCAGGUGCUGCCCGUGGGCUGGCAGAAGGAGCGGGCUGUCACCUGGGCCAGGUACCCCCUGGCAGUGACCAAAUACCGGGAGUCAGAGGUGUGCAGUAGCAGCAUCUAUAACCAGAACGACCCCUGGGACCCACCUGUGGUCUUUGAGGAGUUUCUUCACAACAAUGAGAACAUUGAAAACGAGGACUUGGUGGCCUGGGUCACCGUGGGCUUCCUGCACAUCCCCCACUCAGAGGACAUCCCUAACACGGCCACACCCGGAAACUCUGUGGGCUUCCUUCUCCGGCCUUUCAACUUCUUCCCUGAGGACCCAUCCCUGGCAUCCAGAGACACCGUGAUCGUGUGGCCCCGGAACAGCGGCCCCAACUACAUCCAGCACUGGACCCCGAAGGAGGAGGAGGGGGACUGCUUGAUGCCUGACCCUUUUAGCUACAAUGGAACCUACAGGCCUGUGUGAAGGACCCUCUGUCCCCAACUAACCCCACAUAGAAGCCCAGGUGCCCCCCGGGGAAAGGCAAUAAAGCCCUGGGGGCUCAG